GAAAUCAGUUCCUGCUGCCGCUCACGUGACUGGGCGACUUCUGGGAGCGAUGGCGGUGCGGCUGGCCGGCUUUCUGAUGUUGCUGGGGCUCGCGGCGCGCGGGCCCGCGCCGGCACGUGCCGGGAAGAUGAAGGUGGUGGAGGAGCCCAACACGUUCGGGCUGAAUAACCCGUUCCUGCCCCAGGCAAGCCGCCUGCAGCCCAAGAGAGAGCCUUCGCCUGUAUCGGGGCCCCUGCACCUCUUCAGACUUGCUGGCAAAUGCUUCAGCCUAGUGGAGUCAACGUACAAGUAUGAGUUCUGCCCUUUCCACAAUGUGACUCAGCACGAGCAGACCUUCCGCUGGAACGCCUACAGUGGGAUCCUUGGCAUCUGGUAUGAAUGGGAAAUCAUCAAUAAUACCUUCAAAGGCAUGUGGAUGACUGAUGGGGACUCCUGCCACUCCAGGAGCCGGCAGAGCAAGGUGGAGCUCACCUGUGGAAAGAGCAACCGACUGGCCCAUGUGUCUGAGCCAAGCACCUGUGUCUACGCACUGACAUUCGAGAGCCCCCUCGUCUGCCACCCGCACUCUUUGUUAGUGUAUCCAACGCUGCCAGAUGCCCUGCAGCAGCGCUGGGACCAGCUGGAACAGGACCUGGCAGAUGAGCUGAUCACACAGCAGGGCUAUGAGAAGUCGCUGAGGGUGCUUUUUGAGGAUGCUGGCUACUUAAAGGUCCCAGGAGAAACCCAUCCCACCCAGCUGGCAGGAGGAGGUUCCAAGGGCCUGGGGCUUGAGACCCUGGACAGCUGCAGAAAGGCACAUUCAGAGCUGUCGCAGGAGGUACAAAGACUGACCAGUCUGCUGGACCAGCAUGGAAUCCCCCACACCCAGCCCACAGAAACCACCCAUUCUAAGCAUCUGGGUCAGCAGCUCCCCAUAGGUACUAUCUCAGAGCAGCUGCGGGGUGACCCAGGACUACGUGGGAACAUCCUGUGAUCCAGGUGGCCGUGAGACACAAAGAAAUAUCCUGAGCCGGAAGUGUCCUUUCCCAGAGAGGCCAGGUGUGGUCUCAGCGGAGUGCACAGAACUGGUGUGGUGGAAACAUGGCUUCUUUCAGCAUCUUCUAGGCCAGGCAGGGUCACUGACAGACACAGGGACCUGCUGGCCAGCCUUUGUUGUGCCCAGAGACCCAGACAAAAUAAAGAUUCAAAGUUUUAAUUAA